AUGACGAAAAUAUUCAUCAAGAAUGUUCGCGUCUUCGAUAGCCAGGUGAUCCGUGAAGCUGGAAAUGUCGUGUUCACUCGGUCCGCCGGCAAUAUCCAAGACCCCAUGGCCGAUGGCUCCGAGGCCGAGACGUCUGAUCACGUCGUCGACGGGCGUGGCUGCUCAUUGUUACCCGGCAUUAUUGAAGUUUACGCCAACAUCAAGGGUGCGAAUGCUGCUCUUGGUUCUUAUGCGAGCCAUGGAGUGACCACCGUUAUCGACCUGAGCAGCAAUACCCAGCAAUGCCAGGCUCUGCGAGUCUAUGCUGCCGGUAGGACGGGCCUGCCCACUUUCCUCACCUCUGGCACUGAGGCCACGUCUGCCAAGGACUGUCAACCGCAGCUGUACGACAGCUCGUACGAGUUCGUCAUCAGCACGCGCGAAGAUGCCGUGAGAUAUGUCUCGGCGAAAUCGAGCGGCCCGGACCGAGCAGACUUCAUCAAAGUCGCCGUCGACCCCCACUUGCCGACGGACGAGAUUCUUAAGACCAUUGUCGACACCGCUCACGCCCAUGGCAAGCUCACCAUCGCCCGCACCGCCGGCAAAUCAAGCUACGAACGCGCCAUGCUCGCCGGCUUCGACAUCUUUGCCCAUGCGCCGCUCGACGCGGCCCUGGACCCCGCCAUGGCGCGCGAGAUGGCCGCCCAGGGCAAGGUCUUCGUGCCGACGCUCGCCAUGAUGUGGAGGCGCGCGCUGGCCGAGAAGUCCGACACGUCCACCGCGACAACAACCACCGACACCGGUGAAAGGGACCGGCCGUCCGGCAUCCCCUCGCAGCGCCGCGGCGUCGGUGGUGGCGACGGCGCGGAGAGGGACCAAGACGAUGACUCUGCCGACCCGGGCUCGAGACAGCACACCGACCCGGGUGCCACCGUGGGCAGCGACUACGGCAACGCGACGGCUACCGUGCGCACGCUGCACGACGCCGGCGUCACCAUCUGCGCCGGCACGACGGCGAACCUGGUCCCGGGAGCCCAGAUCCCGUUUGGCGAGAGCUUGCACGAGGAGCUGCGCUUGCUCGUCGAAGCCGGCAUGUCGCGGCUCGACGCGCUGCGCUCGGCGACCUGCGUGGCUGCCAAGGCGUUCCGGCUCAGCGGCCGCGGAAUCAUCCGGAGCGGCCUCCGGGCCGAUCUUGUCCUCGUCGAGGGGAACCCGCUGGAAGAUAUCAAUGCGACCCGCAACAUCAGGAGGGUCUGGAUACAGGGGGAAGAGGUCGAUUCUGAGAAAAUUGCGGCAUGA